AUGACCACCCAUCAACAUCUCCUCGACCAGCCCCAAUGCGACGAUUCCGCCAUCGCCAGCGCGCCUGCCAUCAGCGCAGAGGAGACGGCCGAGGGUUUCGCCCAGGCUGAAGCCGGUAUCGAGGCCAACGAUUUCACCUCCGAGGACGAUCAGGGCUAUGAGUCGGACAGCGCAUCGUCGACGUCAGCCUCGCUUGUGUCGUCGGCGCGCAACUUCAUCUACGAAAACGGCCGCCGCUAUCACAGCUUCCGCGAGGGCUCGUACUCGUUCCCAAACGACGAUCGCGAGCAGGACCGGGAGGAUCUCAAGCACGCCAUGUACCUGAAGCUGUUCAACACCAUCCUGCACUUUGCGCCGCUCGACGGCUCCCGGCCCAUAAACGUCAUCGACCUGGGCACGGGCACGGGCAUCUGGGCCAUUGACUUCGCCGAUCUGUAUCCCGAAGCGAACGUGUUGGGCAUCGACCUCAGCCCCAUCCAGACGGACUGGGUGCCGCCGAACCUGAAAUUCAUCGUCGACGACGCCGAGGACGAGUGGCUGCAUCCACGGAACCACUUUGAUUACGUCCACACCCGCCACACGGUGCAGGGCUUCCGCAACUGGCCCAAGCUGAUGCGGCGAGCGCUCCGGCACCUCAAACCCGGCGGCUGGCUCGAAUGCCAGGAGAUUGACCAUAUGCCCAUGUGCCACGACGGCACGCUAGCGCCCGACGACCCCAUGCUCGAGUACUGGCAGCAUGUGACGUCGGGGCUGGCGGGCGUGGGCGUGCCUUUCCGCAGCGCGUCGCUACUCGCGGGAUAUAUGCGCGAGGCCGGCUUCGUCAACGUCACCGAGCGCGUCUUCUACACGCCCAUCGGGCCAUGGCCGAAGAAUCGCCAGUUGCGCGAGGUCGGCCUGUACUGGCGCGCUGUGCUGACCGAGGGCCUUGAGGCUAUUGCGCUGGGCCCCUUGACGCGCGGCUUGGGCUGGAGCAAGGAGGAGAUUGAAGUCUUCCUUGCUGGUGUGCGAAAGGCGUAUAUGAAGCCUGAGACACACUCAUUCAUGCCGUUUUAUAUCGUGCAUGGCCAGAAACCGGAGUGA